AUGUCUAAGCACUCGAAAAAUGGCUCUAUACCACAGAAACCUUGCAUACCAGAUCGUUUGUAUCCCCAAUCAGUCAAGAUUGUUGCGUGGAACAUCGUCUCGUACCAGAGCAUCUUAAAGAAGGGUUUUGAUAGGUACAUCAAGGCCGAGAAGCCUGACAUACUCAUUUUAUGCGAAACAAAAAUGUCUUAUCGUUCAUCUCAAUCAUUGGUGCUGACGUGUCAACAGACUCAUGAGGCCCCCGGGAAUCUACUCCUGCGAGCUCAAUUCCCUUAUCAGAGUUGGUCCAAUUCUCUAAAAAAGGGUUAUGCCGGGUGCGCGAUUCUCUCCAAAGUUAAGCCGAUCAAAAAGUGGCUUACUUUGCCGAUGCAUCCCGAUCCUCCCUCAACCAAAGGCCGAAUUGUAACUCUCGAGUUUGAAUCAUCAUUUCUUAUCGGAACAUACGUGCCAAAUUCUGGCAUGAUGGAGGAUAAGGGAUUGAGGCAACAAUGGGAUGAUGCGUUAUUCGAGUGGAUCACUCAACUCGAGGAAACUAAACCUGUGAUAUGGGGAGGUGAUCUCAACACCACCCCGGUUCCGCGCGACAUGCAUUCUGGGGGAGGAACAUGGGGCCUUAGUGCUGGAACGACUUUGCCCGAGCGGCGGUCGUUGAAGAAAAUUCUCAACGAUGAAACCGUGAUGAAGGACAUUGUCGACGCGAAAUUAAGCCAUGACCGUAGGAAACAUUUUGAUGCUUGGCGUCAACUGCACGGAUGGGAGGAAGAGGGCGAGUUUACAUUUUACUCAAUGAAAAUUGGCGGAAGAGGUGCCGGCGUAGGUUGGCGUCUUGAUACUUUUAUCGUUGACGAGCGACUUAUCGAUAAAGUAGCUGCUUGCGAUAUUCGUUAUGAAAUAUACGCUUCCGAUCAUUUACCAAUUAUGUUAGAACUAAAUAGCGAAUUGUAG